UGAUGCUGAUGGGUAGUGCUACAUUCAAGUGAUAGAACACUAUCUCAGUUCGGAUUCAGCAACGGUUUACCACAGUUCACAAUAGGGGGCAGAUAUUUUCUUAAACGACAAAAACCUGCAGUUCAUAAUGUCUCAAUUGAAACUAAGACUCUUGUUUAUUGCAAGCUUUUUGUUUUGCAAAACGGCAGCAUUAUCGCGCAUCAUAUUUCCAGAUGAUGAUCGAUACAUUCCCAAUGGGAGCAACUAUAAUAAUCGAUACGACAAUGAUCAACAAAGCUCCGACGAUGUGCGACCCAGAAAAGGCAAUUUGGACUUGUUUCCGCGACCGGGGGUUUGUGGACCUAUAAAACCCAACAACAACAUCUAUGGUGGAACUGAGGUAGAACUUGAAGACUUUGGUUGGUUGGCAAAUUUGGAAUAUAAAAAAGAUGACAGCAAUGUUAUAGUGGUGGGUUGUGCCGGCAACAUUAUUAAUCGUCGAUAUAUUUUAACUGCAGCCCAUUGCGUUACUGGGUCGGUAUUAGCGAGUCUGGGACGAUUAAUUUCCGUGCGUGUGGGCGAUCACAAUAUUGAUACUCCCAAUGAUUGUAAUGAAAAUAAUUUUUGCAUCGAUCCACCCCAAUAUUUUGGCAUUGAGAAAAUCAUAGUCCAUGAGAAAUAUGGCAGAUAUAUGCAGAAAAGAAGUACCAAUGAUAUAGCCUUGUUAAGAGUGGAUCGCAACAUAAUGUAUUCGUCAAGUGUGACGCCCAUAUGUUUGGCCACAGUGGCAGACACAAUACCACCUCUGGAGGCAGGCGCAAAAUUAAUAGCCGUUGGUUGGGGUCAUACAGGCAAUGCUUCUUACUCCCCUGUGAAACUGAUGGUGGAGGAGCCCUAUGUGGAGAACAAAGAUUGUCCUUUGGCGGUUAGUAUGGAAAGUCAUCUCUGCUCUGGCGGGGUAAUACGAGAAGGCUCUUGCACUGGCGAUUCUGGAGGUGGUUUAUAUCGCACUAUAGGCUCCGCAUGGUUCAUUGAGGGAAUUGUGUCUUAUGGUCGUGGAUGUGGACUGGAAGUGGCUUCCGUUAAUACGCGAGUUUCGUCUUAUCUCGACUGGAUCGAGAAAAAUGUUUUUCACGGGCAUAUUAAAGAACAUACGAAAGAUAUCUUGAAAUUUAAUAGUCUAUUAAAAAUGUAUGGAUUAAAACGAAAUGCCAUUAAACUCCUUGUUAUUCUGAGUUUUUGUAUUUACAAUGUGUCUCCAUAUGGACGCAUAAUAUUUCCGGGUGAUGAGCAAUACAUACCAUAUGGUGGGCGGAAGCCUGUUGGUCAGAAUCUUACCAACAAAUCAGGCCCAGGCAAUGGAAAUGAAAAACGUGAUCUUUUACCCAGACCUGGAGUGUGUGGUCCCAUAAAACCCCAGAAUAACAUAUAUGGUGGUACCGAGGUAGAGCUGGAGGAUUUUACAUGGCUGGCCAAUUUGGAGUAUAAAAAGGAAAACAGAAAUAUUUUGGUCAUCGCCUGUGCCGGCAACAUCAUUAAUCAUCGAUACAUCCUAACAGCAGGCCAUUGUGUUACAGGGGAUAUAAUAAGGAUAAAAGGACGAUUAAUAUCCGUUCGUGUUGGUGAUCACAAUAUUGACACGCUCAAUGAUUGUAACAAAAAUCAAUUUUGCCUACAGCCACCCCAAUAUUUUGGCAUUGAGAAGACCAUAGUGCACGAAAACUAUCGUUAUGUGAAGGGCAAAAAGAGUGUCAACGAUAUAGCCUUGCUGAGAUUGGAUGGCAAUAUAGUGUACUCAUCCAGUGUUGCCCCCAUAUGUCUGCCCAGUGUGGCUCCCACUUUGCCACCGCUGGAGCCAGGCAUGAAAUUAGUGGCCGCCGGUUGGGGCCACACUGGAGAUCGUGUAUAUUCUCCAGAGAAGCGUAUGGUUGAGUUGCCCUAUGUGGCUAAUCAGAAUUGUCCCCUGGCUGUCGAUGUAAGUCACCUAUGUGCUGGUGGCAUUUUCCGCGAAGAUACUUGCAGUGGUGAUUCUGGUGGUGGCAUAUAUCGAUCUUUUGGCAAGGCUUGGUUCGUUGAGGGUAUCGUUUCGUAUGGUCGAGGAUGUGGCACGCAGCAGCCUUCUGUGUAUACGCGUGUCUCUUCGUUUUUGGAUUGGAUUGAGCGCAAUGUUGUGCCAUGAGCAAAACUCCCUUAUAAAUGUAUACCCUCAAGAAGGCGAGAGAGAGUUUAUGUUCAUUAUUUAUUUUUGCAAAAUAUCUUGGUUUCUAAAAUGUCUCAGGGCAAAUCCCUUGCAUUAUGUUCCACACAAAUAAAAAUACAUGUUUGCCAUUGAA